GCCGUCCCCCUGCAAAACCAUGCGUUGUUAUGAUCUUCCCAAUCACCACUGGAACUUGCCACUCAGUCAUUCAUACUAGUACUUCCUAAUCAAGCGACCUUCGGCCCAAGAAGAAGAAUGGUCCGCCGAGGUUGCCAUUGGUGGCCCAUGCUCUUGUCCGCGAUCGUCGUGACUAUAGUAGUCGUUAUCGCCACGUACUUCACAAAGACGGGGUUGUUUGCCACAGACACCACUACUGCCAAUGGUCCCAAUGCUGCUUCGAACAACACGACAAAACCAACGUCUGUCAACGGCACUGUGGUGUGCAACACGCGAGGCAUGUACUUGGACAACAACAAGUGCCGAGUGUGCCCGCAGCCCAACAAAACGUUUUCCGUGUUUUGGCAGAGCCACACGGGUGGCUGUCUCGAUUUUAUCAAAACCAAAGCGUUUCAGUACAUCACGCACGUCUACUGGGGCUUUGCACUCAUCAACAACCAAACUGGCGCAGUCUCGCAGACGUUUCAAGGCAACGACGUCACGCUCCUGGAGUGCGCCAACGCUAUGAAGCAAAAAUGCGUGCAACAGUAUGCGAGUAUCGGCGGCGCCACGCAACGUGAAAACUUUGUGGCCCUCGACACACCGGAUAAAAUUGCCCUCUUUGGCCAAACGGCGGCGAAAUUGGUGACCAAAUUCGGCUUUGACGGCAUCGACAUUGACGACGAGAGCGGCAACUUGAUGACCGGGGGCGACUGGAAAGCCAACGCCGGCAGUCACGUGGAGUCGUACUUGCUGGCUAUUCGGAAGUCCCUUGAUGCAGUCGAGCGCAAGCCCAAUGAACCGGCGUAUGGCCUGACAUGGGACGAAUUCCCCACGUCCUUGGACGUGUCGUGCAACAACCCCAAGGGGGACUACCAGCGUUGCUACCACCCCGCCAUUGGUCAAGUGGUCGAUCAAGUCAAUUUGAUGAUGUACAACGUCGAACUUGGGUCAGAGUACGACGUCCUGCUCAAGUCGACCAUCCCUUCCGUGUGGGCAGCAGCAGUGCCCCCGACCAAGAUAGUGCUGGGGGGAUGCGUGGGGAAGCCCGGGGACGAAGGCGCGUGUGCUUUCGGCGCGUCCCCUACAAUCCCCCAACUCCAGCAAUAUGCUUCCGACGGCUACACAAAGUACGGUGGCACGAUGCUUUGGACCGGGUCAGCCGACUACAAACUGAACCGAGGCACCACGAUUGAAACGAUGGGCAAACCCAGUGGGUAUGGAGCUCAGGCGGCGCUUGGUCAAUAGUCCAACACAAUCGAACCAUUCUGGUUGAGCAAUGAAUAUAUGAACGUCUACUUUGUACCACUA